AUGCGAGCCCAGCCUCCUGACUCAUGCCCACCCGCAUUCGCUGUGCUGCGCGCGUCCCUGGGAGCCGCGUUCAAGCUGUUCGCCAUGUGUGCGUCUCUGGGAGCCGCGUUCAAGCUGUUCGCCAUGUGUGCGUCUCUGGGAGCCGCGUUCAAGCUGUUCGCCAUGUGUGCCUUCAUCGUGUGGCUAAUGAAGGCCAACAUUCUUCCUGAAGCCACGCCCUCGGUGCUCAGCCAGGUGCGGUUCAGGUGUUGUCAGGUGGGGUUCAGGUGUUGUCAGGUGGGGUUCAGGUGUUGUCAGGUGGGGUUCAGGUGUUGUCAGGUGGGGUUCAGGUGUUGUCAGGUGUUGUCAGAAACUCGUUCCCACCUCAUCCCCCCUGUCUAUUCCCCUGGUGGUGGCCUUCCAAACGCUCAUCCCCCGCUUCCUCACGACCAGAGUCGCCUCUACUCUCGCCGUGCCUCAUCAUGUUUUGACUCUCUAUGUCAUGUUGCACCCCCCUACCCACCCCUUUCAUCCCUCCACAUCGCCUUCCAUUCCAAGCGCUCAUCCCCCGCUUCCUCAUGGCCAAAGUCGCUUCUUCUCUUGCCUAUCCUUCUGUUCACCUUUCCCCUCUUCGCCUUUCCCCCCUUCACCUUUCCCCCCUUCACCUUUCCCCCCUUCCCCUUUCCCCCCUUCCCCUUUCCCCCCUUCCCCUUUCCCCCCUUCACCUUUCCCCCCUUCCCCUUUCCCCCCUUCACCUUUCCCCCCUUCACCUUUCCCCCCUUCCCAUUUCCCCCCUUCACCUUUCCCCCCUUCCCAUUUCCCCCCUUCGCCUUUCCCCCCUUCACCUUUCCCCCCUUCGCCUUUCCCCCCUUCGCCUUUCCCCCCUUCACCUUUCCCCAGGUGGCCUUCCAAGCGCUCAUCCCGUGCUUCCUCAUGACCAAGGUCGCCUCUACUCUCGCCGUGCAGCCACUCACCUCGCUCGCUGCCCUGCCCUUCCUCGCUGUAAUUCAGGUGUGCUGCACUGCACCCCUCUCCACUCCUCUUGACUCCACUCCUCUCCACUCCUCUUUACUCCACUCCUCUCCACUCCUCUUCACUCCACUCUUCUGUAUUCCAACCCGCUUUACUCCUGUCCUAUCCACUCCUCUUCUCUCCUCUGCUCUUCACCCCUCUCCACUCCACUCGUCUCCAUUUCACUCCUCUCCACCCCACUCCACUCCACCUCUGUCUGCCCACCCUCCCUUCUUUCCAGGUCCUCUGUGGGGCAGCUUUGGGCAAGCUAGCCUGCACCAUCGCCUACCGCCGUCCCUUCUCCCUCACCUCGCUCACUUUCGCACUGCUUCUAUCCUCUGUGGAGCAGCGCUAGGCAAGCUAGCCUGCACCAUCGCCUACCGCCGUCCCUCCUCGCUCUCCUCCCUCAUCUCUGCCGUGCCUUUUAACUCCACCUUUUCUCCAAAACUCACACCCCCUCCUCCCUGCCUCCUUUUCACCUACCCCUUCCACACUGCUCAAAUCAGAUCCUCUAGCCUCGGCCUCUCCCCCUUUGCUGCCGCCCUCCUCUCUGGCCUCCCCCCUCCGAAGCGGGAGGGGGCGGUGGAGGGGAAGGUGGGCGGUGGGAAGGCGGCGCCUGGGCGGGGAGUUUUGUCUGCACCUGGGAUGGUUGGGGCGGCGGAGCGGGCGGCGGGGAGGAAGGAGGCAGUGGUGAUGUCAGCAUGUGCGUUUGGAAACUCGCUCACCCUGCCUCUGGUGUUUCUGGCAACGCUGCUGACUCGCGCUGAUGCUGACAGGGCUGCUGGGUACCUCGCACUCUUCAUGGUUGGCUGGUCCCCCACGUUCUGGACUCUGGGCUACAACAUGUUAACAUGCCUUUGCCCCCUCUCUGUCUUCCCCCUUUUCGGUCUUACCCCCUCUCCGUCUUCCCCCCUCUCCGUCUUCCCCCCUCUCCGUCUUACCCCCUCUCCGUCUUCCCCCCUCUCCGUCUUCCCCCCUCUCCGACUUACUCCCUCUCCGUCUUACCCCCUCUCCGUCUUCCCCCCUCCCCGUCUUCCCCCCUCUCCGUCUUCCCCCAUCUCCGUCUUCCCCCCUCUCCGUCUUCCCCCCUCUCCGUCUUCCCCCCUCUCCGUCUCCCCUCCAUUUUCCCAUUGCUUGCAUCUUUCCACAGCUGGUCCCCCACCUUCUGGACUCUGGGCUACAGCAUGUUCACAGGGGGGGAUAACAAGCAGGAGGAGGGUGAGCGGGCGGGGGGAGAGUGAUGGCACACCAUAUAUUCCCCUCUUCCCACUCGCUUCCCUCCCUCCCUUUCCAGCUGGUCCCCCACCUUCUGGACUCUGGGUUACAGCAUGUUCACACACCACCGCUGUUUCUCCCCCUCCUUCCCCUCUUUCUCCCCCUCCUUCCCCUCUUUCUCCCCCUCCUUCCCCUCUUUCUCCCCUCCUCCCUCUUCCAGCUGGUCACCCACCUUCUGGACCCUGGGCUACGGCAUGUUCACAGGCGGGGAUAACAAGCAGGAAGAGGGUGCUAGCAGGUCUGCUAAUAGGAGCCACCCCACUCGCCCACUUCUUCCUCCCUGCCUCCUCCUCCUCUGCUGCUGCUGCCGCUGCUGCCUCCUCCCUCCCAGCCUCCGCCUCAGCAUGGCUCUUCAGCCCUGCCACUGCCGGCAUCCUGCACGGCGUCAUGGAGGUGAGCGUUGAGGUGGGUGGGGUAGGCGGCGAGGAAUGCGUCCUCCCCCACUAA